AUGAUCAUUGGGAGACUACCCUACGAUACUAGAAAGAAGUGGCGUAUCAAGGCAGAUAACAUCACAGAAGAAGAAGACAGAGAAAUUUCUUUCAGCGAUAUUUCCAGUUUUGUGGAGAAACAAGCACAUAUAGCUAAUCAUCCCAUAUUUGGUGACAUUUCAAUAGAUUACCCAAGUACUGGCAAACAAGGGAAGACACCUGGUGACGGAAAGCUCAAGGGUACAAGUUUUCAUACCAAUACUGGUUCGAACUUCGAUAAAUUCUUGAAGAACGUAGCGAGCGAAAGGACACGUCACAAUGAGCAGAACCGAUUAACCAAGAAUUGUAUCAUUUGUCAUCAAGCUCAUACACUGGAAGAAUGUGCAACAUUUCGAACCAUGCCAUAUGAAGAACGCAUCGAAUUGGUUAAGAAAAAGGGACUCUGCUUCAAUUGCUUUACUCCUUACCACAUGGCGAAGGAUUGUCGAAGACAGAGGAGAUGUAGAGAGUGUGGUCGUAGACAUUCUACAAUGUUGCAUCCUUCGCCUGCAUCGAAAAACGAAAAUUGGCGUUCAAAUGAUCAACCCAUCGUCGAGCGACAGAUCGUCGAGCGGCACGUUCAAACUGAUGAAAGUUUUAUGAAAAUCGGUCAACUGAAUAAGGAGAAAGGAUCUUGUACGGCCAUUGAAGUACCGAGACCAACCGUGGGUUUGUCAAUCGUACCGGUUAAAGUUAAAGCUGCGAGACCUGGAAGUCCAAAUGAUUUCGUAUUGACUUACGCUCUGUUAGACGGUGGCUCUAACACCACGUUUUGCACCGAAGCGCUAAAAGAUCUACUCGGCUUGAAGGGCGAGAUAACCAAAUUCUCAUUAACCACUAUGGCAAAGAGGAAUAAAGAAACGAAAAGUUCUAUCAUCAGUCUCGAGCUGUGCGACCUAGAAGAAAACGCCUUUAUUGAAUUGCCAACAGUGUUUAUGAUGCCGUCAAUGCCCGUCAGUCCAGCUGAUAUUCCCAAGCAAGCUGAUGUUGAUAGAUGGUCUCAUCUACAAGGAAUAAAGCUAAAUCACAUAAACGCGGAAGUUGGCUUAUUGAUUGGCAACGAUAACAUCAAGGCACUUGAACCAGAAGAAAUACGAAAGGCAGAGAACGGAGGACCAUACGCUGUCAGAACUCAGUUUGGAUGGACGCUGAACGGACCACUUGGUAGACAGAAUAGUUGCACAACAAGAUCUUCAAAUUUCGUUAAGACUGAAGCUAAGCUUACUCAACAAUUCGAACAGUUUUGCAACAGAGAAUUUAAUGAUACAAUUGAUGAGUGGAAGCUAGAAUUCUCCCAAGAGGAUCAUAAAGCGUACGAUAUUAUGAAAAAUUCAGUUAGAUUGAAUGACGGGCAUUACGAGAUCGCUUUGCCGUGGAGAACUGAAACACCACCUUGUUUACCUGAUAACAAGUCCUUAGCCCAGCAUCGUUUAAACCUUCUUAAAGGAAGAUUCGCCAAAGAUCAACAAUUAUUUGAAGGUUACUCUAAAUUUAUUGAAGAUUUAUUAAAGAAGUGUUACGCCGAAAGAAUCCCGGAACAAGAGCGUUAUCGGUCAGAUGGACACGUUUGGUACCUGCCGCAUCACCCAGUAUUUCACCCCACAAAAAAAAAAUUACGAGUAGUAUUUGAUUGUUCCGCAAAAUAUCACGAUGUCUCGCUCAACGACCAACUUUUAUUUGAACCCAACCUGACCAAUACCUUAGUUGGCGUUUUGAUGAGAUUUAGACAAGAUCCCGUGGCUGUGAUGAGUGACAUUGAAGCAAUGUUUCACCAAGUUCGCGUUUUUCCCGAUCAUCGAGAUUAUUUACAAUUUCUUUGGUGGCCUGAAAGCGAUUUAACUCAAGACCCCGUUGAGUAUCGGAUGCGAGUACAUCUUUUUGGUGCAGUAUCGUCACCAAGCUGCUGCAGUUUCGCGAUAAAAAGAACCGCAGAAGAUCACGUCGAAUCAUUCAACGAUAAAACAAUCGAAACGGUGAGACGAAGCUUUUAUGUGGACGAUUGUUUAAAAUCCGUAGAAAACAACGUCACUGCAAUAACACUGGUACAUGAACUCCAACAACUCCUGGCGAAAGCGGGCUUCCGUUUGACGAAGUGGUUAUCCAACUCUCGUCCUGUUCUCGAAUCUAUUCAAGAAUCAGAAAGAGCUGUCACUGUAAAUAAUCUUGAUCUAGAAGAUUUACCUAUCGAAAGAGCCCUAGGAAUACAAUGGAAUAUCCAACUGGACGUAUUUGGCUUUAAAAUCACCGUCAAAUCUCGACUAUCAACCCGACGUGGAAUCUUGUCCAUCGUCACCUCGAUCUAUGAUCCAUUGGGUCUAGCAGCACCGUUUAUCUUACCAGCCAAACUUAUUUUGCAAGAACUUUGUCGUCGAGGAAUUGAUUGGGACGAGCCAAUACCAGAGGAAUAUCGGAUACGUUGGGAGAGAUGGUUGGCAGAGCUAUCCGGGUUUAUGGUCAAUCGUUGUCUAAAACCCACUGAUUUUGGUCAAAUCGUAUUGUGCCAAUUACAUCAUUUCUCUGACGCAUCUCUAAACGCAUAUGGUGCAGUCUCGUAUGUGCGAAUUGUUAACAGAGAUGGACGCAUCCACUGUGCAUUUCUUAUCGGAAAAUCGCGGGUUGCCCCACUGAAGCCCAUGACAGUGCCCCGAUUAGAACUAUCCGCUGCAACUGUUUCAGUUCGACUUGACAAAUUGGAAAGAAGAGAAUUGGAUUUACCAGUUGAUAAUUCGAUGUUCUGGACUGAUAGUACGUCAGUCCUCCGAUACGUCGAGAACCAAGAUAAGCGAUUCAAUACCUUCGUCUCGAACAGGAUCGGCGCUAUUCGAAGCGGAUCAUCUUCGUCGCAGUGGAAACACGUUGAUGGGAAAUCCAAUCCGGCGGAUGACGCAUCAAGAGGUUUGACUGCUGAUAACUUCCUUAACAACACAAGGUGGCUGCAGGGACCGCAAUUUCUAUGGCAACCAGCUCCACAAUGGCCAAACCGAACCAAUGGCAUUGGAGAAGUUCCCUCUGACGAUCCUGAAGUAAAAAAGGAUGCAAUAACGUAUGCCUCGUUUACAGAAGACGUUAAGUUGGUGGAUCGAAUUUUUGAGCAAUUCUCUUCAUGGAAUCGGUUGAAGAAAUUUAUUGCUUGGAUUCUGCGAUAUAAAGAAAACCUCUUCAAAGCGUGUCGUAACAGAAAACAGAAAUUACCGCGUAAGAACAAUCGGGAAAAUGUCAUUAAGUCUAUCACGGUGAAUGAGAUAAAAACGGCAGAGAAAGAGUUGUUAAAACACGUUCAAAGAACAAAUUUUUCCGAAGAGCUAGCAUGUCUUCAUACAAGUAACAAGUCAACGCGAAAAACGAGAAUAAAGAAAACCAGUACAAUAUUCAAGUUGGAUCCACUUUUAAUUGACGAUUUAUUACGAGUUGGUGGUCGAUUACACCGUGCUUUGGUUCCUGAAGAUGCUAAGCACCAGAUAAUUAUUCCAAAACGACAUCACGUUACUGAUCUUAUCGUUCGCCAUUAUCAUCAGAUAUCUGGACAUUCGGGUAGAGAAUACGUACUAUCGCUACUGAGAGGCAAGUUCUGGGUAAUACACGCAAAUUCUACCGUCAGAAGAUUACUUAGCAGAUGUGUCGAUUGUCGUAAAAGACAAGGAUUACCAGGGGAGCAGAAAAUGUCAGACUUGCCCACAGAAAGAGUAACUGCAGAUCAACCACCAUUCACCGAAGUUGGAGUCGAUUUCUUUGGACCGUUUCUCGUCAAAAGAGGUCGAGCAAAAGUUAAGAGAUAUGGAUGCAUCUUUACUUGUUUAUCAACCAGAGCGAUUCACAUUGAAAUAACCCACUCAUUGGACACAAGUUCAUUCAUAAAUGCCUUACGUCGCUUUAUCGCAGGAAGAGGCAAUCCAGUAAAGAUAAGAAGCGAUAACGGUACCAACUUUGUCAGUGGGGAGAAAGAGAUUCGAUUAGCAAUCAAAGCUUGGAAUCAUAAUCAGAUUCACGAGUUCCUUCUUCAACGCGAAACACAAUGGCUUUUCAACCCCCCUGGAGGUUCACAUCACGGUGGAAUAUGGGAAAGGUGUAUAAGGUCUGUGCGAAAGAUAUUAGCAGCCUUACUUCGCCAACAAAGCUUGGAUGACGAAAGCCUACCAAUGUUGAUGGUAGAAUCAAUUUUGAAUGGGAGACCACUUACAGCUGUCUCAAAUGACCCAAGAGAUUUAGAAGCAUUAACACCGAACCACCUCCUUCUACUUCGCUCCGGACCAACCUUACCACCUGGAAUGUUUACAAAACAUGAUUGUUACUCACGAAGAAGAUGGCGACAGAUUCAAUAUUUAGCAAACCAGUUUUGGCAACGCUGGACCCGUGAAUAUCUGCCACUAUUGCAAGAAAGACAAAAACGGAACGCUUCUCGUAAAAAUUUCGCACCGAAUGAUGUUGUCUUAAUGGUUGAUACAACAACCCCAAGGUGUACUUGGCCCUUAGCAAGAAUUAUUGAUGUAUACCCUGAUGCCAAAGGUCAAGUAAGAAAGGUAAAGUUAAGAACUAAAUUGGCUGUUUUAGAAAGACCAAUAGACAAGUGCAUUCUAUUGGAAGGAGCGAAUGAACUUUAA